AUGAACUGUACUACAAACGUAGUGCAAGUGACGAAUGUGUCGCCUAGCACAACAUCCGAGCAGAUGCGAAUGCUGUUCGGGUUUCUUGGAACCAUUGAAGAACUCAAAUUGUUUCCACCAGAUGAAUCGCCUCUGCCUGUGACUUCGCGCGUGUGUUUUGUGAAGUUCCAAGAGUCCGAAUCCGUGGGGGUAUCUCAGCAUCUGACCAACACCGUCUUCGUGGACAGGGCACUGAUCGUGGUUCCUUUUGCCGAAGGCGUUAUCCCAGAGGAGGCCAAAGCACUGUCACUGCUGGCGCCGGCAAAUGCUGUUGCUGGGAUUUUGCCCGGAGGAGGUCUUCUUCCAACACCGAACCCCAUGUCCAAUCCUCAGAUGGGAGGCAAUCCUUUUGGCGGUCCUUCCAUGGAAGCGAUGGCAGCGUUUGGGUUUUCAAACCCCAAUAUGAAUAUGAAUGCCCAGUCAUUUCCCACUGACCAGCUUCUGAAGUUUAUGUCACAAGUGGAUCCAAAAAUGAACCACAUGGGUGUUGGCAUGAACAUGAACCUGACCAUGAAUGCAGGCCUGAAGGCAGACUCUUCCAACAAGGAGAUAGAAGAAGCCAUGAAGAGGGUCCGAGAAGCCCAGUCACUCAUAUCGGCUGCCAUCGAACCUGGGAACAAGGAGAGCAAGAAGAAGCACUCGCGGUCCAGGUCCAGGUCUAGGCGUAGGAGGUCCCGCUCCAGACACAGGCGUUCAAAGAGCAGGUCGAGGCGGCGCUCACACUCAAGGAGCAGGAGACGCUCCAAGAGCCCCAGAAGGAGGAGUGGGAGAUCCCACUCCAAAGACAGGAGCAGACAAUCACCCGGCAAAUCCAGGGAUAGGAAGAAAGAGGAGCGGGAUAAAAAGCGCUCCAAAACACCUCCAAAAAGCUACAGUACUACCAGGAGGUCUCGCAGUGUUGAUCGAAGGCGGAGGAGGAGUCACAGUGCCAGCCGAUCUCCCAAGAAAUCCCCAAAGAGGAAAGUCUCUAGGACUCCCUCUCCUAGAAGACAUAAGAAGGAGAAAAAGAGAGACAAGGAAAGGGAGAAGGACCGUGAGCGCAGGAGUGAUAAAGACCAUAGUCGGGAGGACCGCAAGGAAAAGAAGGACCGGAGUAAAGACAAAGAGAAGGAAAGGGAACGGGAGAAAAAAAGUGAUGUAGAGAAAGGAGAUGUGAAGAUGUCCUUGCAGGUCACCAGGGAUUAUGAUGAGGAAGAGCAGGGCUACGACAGUGAGAAGGAGAGGGAGAGGCUAGAGAAGAAGGAUUGCGACCAAGACUCCGGAGCCCAGUCUCCUCACUCGGUGGAAGGCAAUGGCACCGGCCCUCCCAAAGUCAAUGGAGACGACUGCCGUGAAGAGGACGACAUGGAUGUCAGUGAUUGA